AUGCCAUCCACAGGCCGCACCCUCCUCUCCCUCGUCGCCCUCACAACUAUGGUCGGCGGCUACAUCGCCGACUGGAACGAAACACACGUGUACAACCCACGCUGGCCACCGCACGCAAAAUUCCACAACGGGCAGACCAUGUCUAUGGGCGCCGUUUUGGGUCUUACUACCUUUUACUUCCUCUACGGCUGGCCAGCUCAAUCCUCCCAGUCUGCGGCAACGCAAAGGCUGUCGCUGCAUACGGCGUCCUGGGUCGCGAGCUUGUACUGGAUUACGCAGCUCUCGGCGCUGUUCUAUCCCGGUUCAUUGGCGGUGGAUCCGGAGUUUGGGGAGGGGGCGCCGCAGGUGUAUAUUUGUGCGGUUUUGUUGAGUUUGAUUGGGGUGGGAUUGUGGUUGGAGAGGAGUAGAAUUGCGACGGCGGAGAAGAAGGUUGCUUAG